AUGAAUAUGACGACACCUAUCCACUCAACCGCAAACUUCCUCCACUGGCACCGCUACUACAUCUGGGCCUACGAAUCCGCGCUGCGCACAGAAUGCGCAUACACCGGCUACCAACCCUACUGGGACUGGUCGCGGUACCCGGACCUGCUCAACAACAGCCCCAUCUACUCUGGCGACGAAUACAGCAUGGGCGGCAACGGGGAAGCCGUCGGUCCCCACGCGAAUCUAACUCUCGGACCGGGACAAUCGUUACCAGCAGGACCCGGCGGCGGAUGCGUAACCACAGGCCCCUUUGCAAACCUAACAAUCCACCUCGGUCCCGUUUUCCCAACCGUAGAUACAAAGUUCAACAUCCCCGCCAACCCGCUGGCGACCGGCUACGGCGACAACCCGCGGUGUCUUCGUCGAGAUGUUUCAAACUUCCUCACUACGAAUUAUCUCCAACCGCAACACCUCGUCGAGCACAUCACGUCUAACGCCAACAUCUCCACUUUCCAGGAUACACUCCAGGUAAACCCGUCGAACAGCUUUGCCGCGCUGCAUGUAGCGGGGCAUUAUAGCGUCUGGGGCGACCCCGGCGGCGAUGUUUUUGUUAGUCCCGGUGAGCCUGUGUUUUGGCUGCAUCAUGCGCAGGUGGAUCGGCAUUGGUGGAUGUGGGCCAUGUGGCGGGAGGGCGAAGUGAAGGAGAGGACGGGGAUGUAUGAGGGCGGCACGAAUUGGUUUGAUCUGAAUAGCCGAAGAGGUACACCAGAGGACGAGCAGGAGUUGAGUGUUGUGGCGCCGGCGGGUAAGGAUUUUAUGAAAAGCAGGGACUUGUUUAGUACGACUGCGGGGCCGUUUUGUUAUCUGUAUGUGUAG